GGAGCACCCGGAACACAUUCUGGAAUCCAGAUUCGUUGAUCGGUAUAAGCCCUUGGACGUGAACCAGAAAGACAUCGACAAGGUGAAGAAGGCGGCAAUCGAAUCUGGACAACUCGCUCCUCUCGAACUUACUGCGGACGUGUCGAGUCCGAAAAGCAGGUGGUGCGUCAUAGGAUGGAGGGAUCCUCAGAUACACCAGAUUGAGCGGAGUGCUCCGACCCCGUCAAGCAAUGCCAUCUACACUGUCUUACAACUCGCCUCAUCUCGCAGAUGGACAUCUUUUGUCAAAGAUGUAAAAACUGCGUUUUUGCAGAGCCGCCCUACCGAUCGCAAAACUCCCUUGGCAUGCUCUCAACCACGUGAUGAACCACUUCCAGGCUUGGACCCAAGGCAAUUGCUGGUGCUGUUGACGGAAAUCUACGGCCUGGUGAGUGGCCCCGCUUGGUGGCGCUCCACCUUCCUUCAGCGCACGACCAAGCUCGGCUACAAGAUUUGCCCCUUUGAACCAUGUGUACUCAUGUUGCCGGGCACCGAGCCAACUUCUGCUACGCGAGGAGCUUUGGUGGUGGAAGUGGACGAUGUGGUUGAGUGUGGCGAUGAUCGUCAUCGUGAGUGCGUGUCCGAGCUGGAGAAGACAAUCAAGUUCGGCAAGUCCAUCAAUGUGCAGGAGACGGAGACGAUGUAUGCGGGCCGGAGCCUAAAGCAGCUGCCCGACUACUCCUUUGAGUUGCACAUGGAGCAGUACGUGUACACCCGACUGUCCCCAAUUGUGCUGUCCCGCAAGGUGCUUAAGAAGGAUGCAGCGUCGGUGGUGCUCAACGAGUCCGAGCAGACGCAGCUGAGGGGCGCUAUUGCGGCGCUCUCCUGGGUGUCACGGGAGUGUCGACCGGAUGCGGCAGCCGCAUCCAGCGUGCUGGCCUCUUCCUUUCCGGACCCAACCGUGGAGACAGUGUAUCAAGCCAACGACGUCAUCCGGCACCUCAAGCAACACCCGGUAAAACUACGAAUUCACGCCAUCCCCGAGGCAGACGUCCGCAACAUCCUCAUCGCGGACUCGGCCUUUGACACGAGUGGCAAGGAGAGGUCCCAGCACGGCUUCCUUCUCGGCUUCACGGACAAAACCCUGAAUGCAGGUCACAGCGCUCCAGUGAGCCUCAUGAUGCAACGCACCGACGAGGAGAUCCUCGAACUGCAAGGCAGAGCCACGGUCAUAGCGGCCGAAUCCCCUUCGUACGUGGACCCGCGAAGCAUCGUGGUCAUCGACGCGAAGUCUCUUUACGACCACCUUCUCGGUGAUCAACCAGGUGAGUGCGGCCGUUGCAACCUCGAGGUGGCAGUGAUCAAGGAGAGCAUGACUCUGUGCUGUGGUCGAGUGAGGUGGGUUCCCCACAACCUGAACCCAGGCGACUCGUUAACCAAGUUUCCGGGCGCACACGUAGAGCCAAUGAUCCGUUUGCUUCGAACUCAUCGUUUCAAGAUCAGCGAUGAGGCAGAGACACUUGCUCAAGGCAAGCAAGGUGCACAGCGUCUAAAGCAGGGGCUGGGCACAGACUUUUCCGGAAAUUUCUACUUUUCGGGGGCUGUGAGCACAUGCAUGCAUUCUAGGAACUUUCCGGAAUAG